AUGGAGGGAAGUGAAGAUAUAUCAUUGGAAACGCUGCCGAUAAUUAGUCAAUUUGAAUGUAAAGAGCUGCUAGGAUCAGGUGUUUUUGGUAAAGUUUAUUUAUCAAAGGACCCUGCUACAGAGAGCAAGUGCGCUGUAAAAGUUCAACCUUUAGAUGGCCGAUAUGACAAGUUAAUUCUGAAAGAAUAUAGUGUACUCAAAGAUUUAUGCUUACAUCCGAAUUUACCAGAAUUCUAUGGAGCUUAUAAAACAGAAGAUGAACCCGUAAAAAUUCUUUUCUUUAUGGAGGUUUGUGAAGGUGGACCCGUGAUCGACAUUGUCCGAGCUUUGAUCCAUGCAAAUCGACGAAUGUUCGAAGAGCACAUAGCUUUUAUUCUGAAAGAAAUCAUCAGAGCGCUAACUUAUUUACAUGGUCAUUUAUUGGCACAUGGCGAUAUAAAAGGAAAUAACAUUCUUUUAACUACCAGAGGAGAAGUUAAACUCAUAGAUUUCAAUCUAUCUCGAUGUUCAGUAAGAGAUCGCGGAAGCAUUGAGAAAUUGAGGCAAGGUUCACCUUGUUGGAUGGCUCCAGAGAUAAUAUCAGGAGAUCAAAGUUUUCACGGUAGCCGAGCAGACGUGUGGUCCUUGGCCAUCACUGCUAUUGAAAUGGGUGAUGGCUCGGCGCCCUAUGAGGAUAUGCAUCCAACAAGGGCAUUAUUUCAUAUCGAAAAAAAUCCCCCACCUGGAUUAUACAGGCCCCAUCUGUGGUCAAAUACUUUCAACGAUUUCAUAAAUGAAUGUUUAGUCAAAAAUCCAGAACACCGACCUUUAAUGAUGGAGGUCGUAGCUCAUCCGUUUAUAACUCAACUUCCAGAACGUGAUUAUCAUUUAAAUUUGGAACUUUCGAAGCUAGUAGAAGAUUUUCGUAGCACAAGGAAGCUUUAUAAAAAAACAGAAAUAUUUCUUGAUAACUUGGAAAUUAAAUGUAGCAACGAUACUUCACCGCAGAAAUUACUUAUAGAAGAUUUAUCGACUAUGGAUAAUAUUACAGAAGAAAAUAUUUUAAAUCUUUUACAUGAUAGAUUUGAUAAAGGGCUAAUAUAUACAUUUAUUGGAGAUAUAUUGCUUGCCUUAAAUCCCGAUGAAGACUGCGAACAUUUAUUUACUGAUGAGCACCAUGCAAAAUAUAAUAAAUCAAAAUCAGAUCAUGCUCCACAUGUUUUUGCUGUGGCUGAUGGAGCUUACCAGAAUAUGUUGCAUUAUAAAGAAGGUCAACGGAUUUUACUGUUUGGUGAAACUUGUUCGGGAAAAAGUGUGAACGCUGCCAAAAUUAUAAAACAUUUAUCAAAUAUCUUUAUAAUUGUGAAACUUGGUGAAACUGACAGAAAUAUGGGUGACCUUAUAAAUUCAUCACUAGAAGUUUUAACAUUUCUGACCCAAGCCAAAACACAAUUUAAUGACCAUUCUACCAGAUGUGUGCUCCAAACAAUUCUAACGUACAGUUCAACUGGAAAUAUUAGCGGAGUAGUGUAUUCAAUAUAUCAACUAGAAAAAUGGAGAGCUAUUCAAUUAAAUGGAUCUAAUAAAAGCUAUGAACAAUUGAAUAUAAUUUGGAACGUUCUCGCGGCUAUAAUUAUAAUCAAUGAUAUGUCUUUUGACAAUAAUGACAAUGAAUUGUACACCACAGAAGCUAUCAAGAAGAUUUCAGAAAAUCUUCAUGUUGAUGAAUUUAUGUUUGGACAAGUUUUAUUAAAUACUUAUGUUGUUGAAAAUGAGACAAAAAUGGAAUGCAAGCGAACAUGUGAAGAAACCAAGGACAUUUUUAAUAUAUUGGCCAUAACAUUAUAUUCGAGAUUGGUCGUGAUCACCAAUGCUAUUAACAAUAAAUUUUCAUUCCAUCGUACUUUGUAUGGCGAUUCGUUAUCUAUAUCCAUUUUGGACAUGUUUGGCUUCGAAUCUUAUACGACAAAUUCUUAUGAACAGUUUGCUGUAAAUUGUAUCAAUGAACAGAUGCAAUCUUUAUAA